GACGGACGAGAGCUUAGCACCUUUCCACCGGAAUUGAGGGAAACAGCGUUACCAAAAAUGGUUCCAGUAAAGCCAAUCGACAGCUGGUCGAGGGGAAACCGCCGCCGUCUUUUGGCGGAAUCCACCUUCGAGUCUGUUCACGUAACAGCCUCACUCGAAAUGGAAGCAAGCCGAACAAGGGUGUCGACAAGACCUGGUCGCGGUGGAAACUGCAGUCGACUCGAGUCGGGAGGAGAACACUUUUUCAGCAAGCGAGGCUGCGAACUUGAACGGAAGACAUCAGCUCUACUCAGCUCAUUGUGGAACAUCAACUACCCGUCCUUCAGCACCUUCAACAAAAUAGGGUCAACACAAUUGCCCACUUUCCCACUGGCUCUCCUCUCCUUCUCGAAACAAGGCACGGCGGCAAGAAGAGGACAUGAGAAAAGGCCAGAUGACCCAAUCGUCGUGCCUGCAUCGAACCCCCCUCCCCAUUUAGAGCUUAGUGUCGCCCAUUCUGAGCAGUCUUGCUCAAGUUUGGCCAAGCAGUUGUCCGCCAAGUUGCGAGUUCAGCGAGAUCCGAUCGCAAGCCAGCCGCGGGCCUCGAACUCGGCUGUCUCGGAUGGAAGAAAGUGUAUGAGGAGGGGCUCGGCUUCAACAAACCCUCGCAAAGUUGGAGCCGAUCGACUAUUCAUUUGGCACGAACCACCUCCUUGGAAGGGUCUCCGAAUUGGCUUCCGCCCUCCCCCCUCAGAAAGUAGACCAGUCCAAGUCCUCUUUCGAGCCCCGUCCACGCCUUGA